GUAAGUAAUCACUGCCAAUUAAUAUGUUUGGUGCAUCUAAUAGCAAUACAAGUGGUGGUGGGUUGUUUGGAUCGUCAAACACCGCAACUUCGGGUAAUUUAUUCGGUCAGAACUCAGGGUCAGCUGCACCUGCUUUUGGACAAACGACAGGGACAACGACUGGUUUUGGGCAACAACAACAACAACCAGGUUCUACAUUUGGAUCAGCCACUACUGGUGGUACAACCAAUGCAUUUGGAUCAAAUACUGGGACAACUGGUGGGUUGUUUGGGCAACAACAACAACAGCAACAGCCAAGUACUGGUACCGGGUUUGGAUCUUCAGGUACUACAGGAACAGGAUUGUUUGGACAAAGUAAUACCAAUACCCAACAAUCUAGUGGAUUAUUUGGAAAUACAUCUAAUGCUGCAACUGGUUCUACUUUUGGAAAGCCAGCUGGUACUACUGGCGGUUUGUUUGGUUCUGGAAAUACUCAAACCAGUACCUCUACACAGCCAUUGUUCGGACAAGCAAAUAAUACUGCUGCUCCUGCCGCUGGUGGAUUGUUUGGAGGUAGUUCUACAACUGCUCCAUCUUCUUCAGGCGGUCUUUUUGGUAAUAAACCUGCUACAACUACUCAACCUGGAGGUCUCUUUGGAUCAACUGCACCUGCUUCAACCACUACAGGAACCUCGGGUGGGUUAUUUGGAAAUAAACCUGCCACUGGCGGUCUCUUUGGAGGACAACAACAACAACAACAACAGCAACCUCAACAACAAGCUCAGCAAAGUGGAUUAUUUUCCAACAACACAACUAAUACGCAACAACCUUCAUUCACUUGGAGUCAACCACAACAAACUCAACCAUUACAGAACACAAAUACAGUCACCACCACAUUCACUCAAGCAAACACCAAUAUUAAUACCUACACACCAGCAAUUAAUGACCAAUUAAUCAAAAUCUGGGAGCAAUGGGAUCCAAACUCUGCCAAGUGUGCGUUGAAAACCCAUUUGUAUAAUAAAUUUUCUGACCAAGAAAUUUCUAUAUUACUUCAACAACAAAGACCUGCCAAUGAAACACCCGAGGAUUGGGACAAUGCCAUGGAUAAGCGUCCCGGAGCUAACUAUUAUCCUAUAAAAGUCACUUCAUUUAAUGAUAUUGCUCAAAGAAUUGAAACUCAAUUGGACCAUGUUGCUAAAUCUAGGGUUUUACUUAAUUCCAUGAAUGAAAAAUUGAAUUUAGUUUCUACAAAACAUGAUUUGGAAAACACCACAAGAAUAUUAAAGGCUAAAGCUAGACAUACUAAAUUAUCAAGAAGAUUAUUGAGAUUAGCUACCGUGUUGGCUAUUUUGAAAUUGAAAGGAUAUCCUUUAUUGCCCGAAGAAGAAGAGAUUUCUAAACAAUUUGAUUUACUAAUUUCAAAAUUAAAUGACCCAAGUAGCUCGAUUGGGAAAUUAAGUGAUAUUUUCGCUAGAUUGACUAUAUUAAAAGAAAGAGCCGAGGAUUUGAAUUAUAGAUUUGAUAACUCAAUCAAUGUAUUGAAUAGUGGGUUAGCUUCAGGAAGUAGUGAGCCUGAACAGAAAGCCAAGGAUUCUGGUAACACCGAUGAAACUAUCAACAAAAUUUCCAAAGUGUUGUUGAAACAACAAAUGGGAUUGAAUUAUUUGAAUGAUGUUUUAGAAAAAGACUUGGAACAGUUGAAUAAAUUAGAAAAGAACUAGGUACUAUAUACAAGCAAUGUAAAUUAAGACAAAAACCGUUUUAGUAUGAAUGUAGGAUGGUCAUAUGUGACAAUGGAUCUAAAUUUAUGGAAUGUUCGAUAGUUGUGUCUCAUUUUAGCGCGGACCAUGUCCUUGUCUAAAUCGCAAGAUUCAAAUGAUAUGAAUGGAUUAUCAACAGUUGCAUCAGUAAGUGUAUACUUUGACAUAUCUUGCGUGUUGUCACUUAAUGUGUGUAGGUACUGUAGUUUGCUCUCGCCGGAUUGGAACUGUUGAUCAUCUACAGUCAAGGAGUGUCGAGGAAUAGCCACCAAAUUGUUUAUCUUAUUAACCAACUUUUGCUUUUCCUGUUGGAUAUCUAUCGUAGGGUCUUGAGGUAUCGAAGCAUCCUUAUCGAAUAAAUCUCCCGUUUUUGAGUCUACUGGACCCAUGUGAUGCAACCUGGGGUUGACACUGUACAAUAACUUGAGAUAGAAGCCGGAUUUGUUGUAGGAUUGGUAUGCUAAUGGAGUGGCUGUGGCAGUCUCUAGUGAAGACAAUGUCUUGAAAUGUCGCAUCAAAUAUUCCAACUCUGUAGCUGUUUUAGGUGGUGGGGACAAGGAUAUGAUCGCUGCGACAUGGUUCUUAAAGUAAUUUCGAACUUGCUUGUUCGUCAAAUGCAGCAACGUGCUCAUCUUCACCAGUCGUCUGGAUACAAAUGUUACCACG